AUGUCUGCCGUGGAGGAAAACAUCACCCAGCCAAUCAAGUAUGUCGGUUUCGACACAAUCACGCUGCAGAUCGAAAACAGAUUGUUAAAGCGUGGUUUCGCCUUCAACAUCAUGGUUGUAGGAAAAUCGGGUUUGGGCAAAACCACCUUGGUGAACACAUUGUUUCUGCUGAAAUUGGCCACGACGCAGGGCCGUCGUUCCAUCGAGACCCCCGUGGAGAAGACCACCGAGAUCAAGGUCCACUCGCACGUGUUGAACGAAAACAACGUUCGUUUGAACGUGAAUGUGAUUGACACUCCUGGUUUCGGCGACCAGCUCAACAACGACAAGUGCUGGGAACCGCUCGUCAAGUACAUCAAGGAGCAGCACUCGCAGUACUUGCGUAAGGAGUUGACCGCCCAGAGAGAGAGGUUCAUUCCUGACACGAGGGUCCACUGUAUUUUGUACUUCAUCCCUCCCUCGGGCACAAAGUUGAAGGCCUUGGACGUGCAAGCGCUCAAGCGUUUGAGCGAGAUCGCCAAUGUCGUGCCUGUGAUCGCCAAGAGCGACUCCAUGACCUUCAGCGAAAGAGCCGCUUUCAAGAGGCAGUUGCAGAACGACUUCAUCAAACACAAGUUCAACAUCUACCCCUACGACUCCGAGGACUUGCUCGAGGACGAGAAGCAGUUGAACGCCGACAUCAAGUCGCUCAUUCCAUUUGCCGUGUCCGGCUCGGAGCGUGAGAUUGAGCUCAACGGCGAGCUCGUGAGAGGCAGAAAGUCCAAGUGGGGCGCCUUGAACAUCGAGGAUGUGCUGCAGUGUGAGUUUACCUUCUUGCGUGACUUCUUGACGAGAACACACUUGCAAGAUUUGAUCGAGACCACGGCGUUGGUGCACUACGAGAGCUUCAGAACGAAGCAGUUGAUUGCAUUGAAGGAGAACGCUGCCAACCCCAACAGGCAGUCGAACGUGCUCCGGACGUUGCCUGGCACGGCGCCGGGCCACGCGUCGAUGGGUCCCGUCGAGUCCACCAACACCAAUGGCCUGACUGAGGGUGGUGCUGCCAACACCAACAACACAGUGUACCAGCAGGGUAUGGGCAACUCGCGCAGCAUGGUGCUGAGCCUUGUUGACGGCAAGACCGAGCAGCGUUAG